CACUUUGUAUUGGUGUGUAAUAGACACCGGCACCGCUGAUAGUGGUACCGAUGCUGCUCUGUUCGAACACUUCGCUCAAUACUUUCUCUCAGCUUGCUCGAAGUGACUCUUACAGUCUCGGGAAAGGAGGGCAGCUCUAAUUGGUUUCUCAAUGAAAGAUAAUCACCAGCUCCCCAGAGAAUCUGUGGAUUAGCACUCAGCAUAGAUACAUCACUGGCUUUUUUAGACAUCUCAUAUCCUUUCCUUGAUUUUUCAGUCCAUUCAGCAAUAAGAAUAGGUGGAUCGACCAAUUGUCACAUUAGUGACAGGUCUACCCCUUUGAAGAAAGAGGGCUUGAUCACACGGAUUCAACCUGAUCUCAAGGUGUGCGUGCGUGUGUGUUUGCUGGUUGCAACAACAACAACAAAAAAGUUUGAACAGUUUCGAAAAUGAGUGAUCUGGAAGAGGACUUUGCCAAAAUAUUGAUGCUAAAGGAAGAGAGGAUAAAUGACUUGGAGAGACGUUUGGCUGAGAAGGAGGAACAGGUUCAUGAAAUGAAACGGAAACUGCACAAAUACCAGUCGGUGUUGCCUGUCACUCAGAUCAUGGGACCCAGGACCAGACGGGCUCAGGGAAUUUCAGCGGAGCCCCAGAGCUUUAGAUCCUUCCAAGACCUCACCAGACAGCCCUUUAGAAAAUGCACAAAGUCUGAGAGGUCCAAGGAGCUAAUCAAGGAAGCGAUUCUCGACAAUGAUUUCAUGAAAAACCUUGAGCUGUCUCAGAUCCAAGAAAUAGUGGACUGCAUGUAUCCAGUUGAAUAUGGGAAAGACAGCUGCAUCAUUAAAGAAGGGGAUGUAGGCUCACUGGUGUAUGUUAUGGAAGAUGGCAAGGUUGAAGUGACCAAAGAAAGUAUGAAGCUGUGCACUAUGGGACCAGGCAAGGUGUUUGGGGAGCUGGCUAUCCUUUACAACUGCACUAGGACUGCGACAGUAAAAACUCUCACCAACGUGAAGUUGUGGGCCAUUGAUCGACAAUGUUUUCAGACGAUAAUGAUGAGGACUGGUCUAAUCAAGCAUGCCGAGUAUAUGGAAUUUUUGAAAAGUGUUCCAACUUUCCAUGGCCUUCCAGAGGAAAUACUGAGCAAGCUAGCUGAUGUCCUCGAAGAGACGCACUACGAAGACGGGGAGUAUAUCAUACGACAGGGCGCCCGAGGGGACACGUUCUUUAUCAUCAGCAAAGGAAAGGUGAAUGUCACACGAGAAGAUUUGCCUAAUGAAGAAGCUGUCUUUCUUCGCACUUUGGGGAAAGGAGACUGGUUUGGAGAAAAAGCUCUUCAGGGGGAAGAUAUAAGAACAGCCAACGUAAUUGCUGCUGAAGCUGUGACCUGUUUGGUUAUUGACAGAGACUCGUUUAAACACUUGAUCGGAGGGUUGGAAGAUGUAUCUAACAAAGCCUAUGAGGAUGCAGAAGCUAAGGCAAAAUACGAAGUUGAGAAUGCCUUCUUCUCCAACCAGAACCUGGUGGAUUUCAACAUCAUUGAUACGCUGGGAGUUGGAGGAUUCGGCCGUGUUGAACUGGUGCAAAUGAAAAGCGACGAAGCCAAAACGUUUGCAAUGAAAAUCCUAAAGAAGCGCCACAUAGUGGACACCCGGCAGCAAGAGCACAUUCGGUCAGAGAAGCAGAUAAUGCAAGAGGCGCACUCCGACUUCAUUGUGAGGCUCUACAGAACUUUCAAGGACAGCAAGUAUUUAUAUAUGUUAAUGGAGGCCUGCCUGGGAGGAGAGCUAUGGACCAUUCUCAGGGACAGAGGUUCAUUUGAAGACUCAACCACCCGUUUUUACACAGCCUGUGUAGUGGAAGCUUUUGCUUAUCUGCAUUCCAAAGGAAUUAUAUAUCGGGACCUCAAGCCAGAAAACCUCAUCCUGGAUCACAGAGGAUAUGCAAAGCUGGUGGAUUUUGGCUUUGCAAAAAAAAUAGGAUUUGGAAAGAAGACGUGGACCUUCUGUGGGACUCCAGAGUAUGUAGCCCCAGAGAUUAUUUUAAAUAAAGGCCACGACAUAUCAGCAGAUUACUGGUCACUGGGGAUCCUAAUGUAUGAACUCUUGACUGGCAGUCCACCUUUCUCAGGCCCGGAUCCCAUGAAAACGUAUAACAUCAUAUUGCGGGGCAUCGACAUGAUUGAAUUUCCAAAGAAGAUUACCAAAAAUGCCGCUAAUUUAAUCAAAAAGCUAUGCAGGGAUAAUCCAUCAGAAAGAUUAGGAAACUUGAAAAAUGGUGUGAAAGACAUUCAAAAGCACAAAUGGUUUGAAGGAUUUAAUUGGGAAGGACUGCGGAAAGGAACAUUGACACCUCCUAUCAUACCCACUGUCACAUCUCCAACCGACACAAGCAACUUUGACAGUUUCCCUGAGGACAAUGAAGACCCACCCCCAGAUGACAACUCAGGAUGGGACACUGAUUUCUAACCUCCUUUUCUGAACCUGCUUCUGCAUUGCCUAGGACAGCUUCUUUGGAACGUGGCUGCCUGCUACACUGAAACAAUGAAGGAAAAAAAAGAAAUGAAGGGAAAAUUAGUGCUCUGGGUCACCAAGAUGCCUUUGCUGAUGCCGCUACAAUUACUACAGUGGCAUUAGGACUUAUGCUUACAUAAUUGUGCUCCUUCAGUGUUUUACGUUCAGGUGUAUCAUCAUUCAUAUGGUGGUCCUGGAGCAAGGCCUUUUUUAAACUUAGCAGCGAAGCAAAUAUUCUUUGGCUGCAAUGAACCUGCUAUUCUGUAAUCCUUGAAACUGAAAAUGGAAUAAGAACACAGUAUUGAAAGCCAGAAUAAUUCUUUGUAAGAAAUAUUCUUAGUUAUAAAUGAAAUAGUAAUGUAUUCAGUAUUCUAACUGCCUAUGGUACUGAUAUUGUGGUGCAUUUCAAAUUGAGUAUGCAGGGUCUUAUGUAGCAGGCCAGUGUGUACUGAACAAGAGGACCAUACUCUAUUGGAUUAUUCAUGUCAGAGCAGUGUCUGGAUUUUUAUUUUAUAUAUAACUGACUUUAAAAGCACAAAUUACAUACCUUUGAUUCCUCAGAUAAUGAUUGUUGUACUUGACAAACUGUGUCACAAGUUGCACAGAUUCAGAUGCAAUUUUAAGUUAUUCAUUUUGUUGUUGUUUUUUUUUGUUUACAUAUGCAAUUAUGCAACUUUUUAAACUGGAUUGGGGAUAAUUAAGCAUUCGGUCAUGUACAUGUAAUCAUCUUCUGUAUCCAUUACAUUACUGCUGCACUGUAGUAGAAGAUUAUAAUUCAAAUUGCAACUUUUAUACAAGGGAAAAGUCAUGUUCAAAUGUUCUGCUACAGACCUGCGUUCAAUGUUUUUUAUUGUCCUUAUUAUAAUGUUUAAUAGUAUAUUAACGAAAUGAAUCACUUCAUGUUGCAUCUGUUCAAACAUUACUAUAGAACCAAUCCAUAACUUUAAACACUCAUUCAGAAGAUAUACUGAAGUAAUAAAAACAAGACAUUGAUAAAGACAUUCAAAUGUUUGUCAAAAAUUGUACCAAGUUUCUUUUGGUUAUUCUAUUAAACAGAGGGAUCCAACUAUCAUCAUACAAAUGAUUCAUUUGCAGCUUCUGGUGUGUUAGCAUGAGCAUCACCACAUUACUCGUUACCCCAUGUUGUUUUGCGAUUAAGACUAAUGCAGAACAGUUAUAAUGAAGAAAUGUGUACAGUACCACCAGGUGGCAGUCUGGUACAGAAGCAGGAGCGACUAACACACUAUUAAAUGCGGGAUCAUGAAAUCAUCAUCACCAUAGGGAUUUAGGAUGUAAUAGAUGCAUUUAAAAUGAAGUAUGCAUCAUCUUUAGGAAUACAUCUCACAGCUAGUAGGAUUUUAAAAGAACAGCUGUCUAUGUGUUGAAUAUUAGAAAAAGUUAAUUUCUCAGAGAAUUGUGUUAUCAUAAAGGCUGCGUACAUCUUUUGUCACCUGUGGAGGUACUUCUUUAAUGAUAUAUUAUCACAAAUCUUAAUACAGACCACUUUUGUAUUGAAUGUGUGUCAUCCCAUCAUCUGUUUUUAUAUUUUAAACCUCACUGGCAAAUUCUACUAAAAUAGUGACACAGCAGCUACGUAAAUCCCUCUAAUUGUGUAUACAGAUGGUGUUAUUUGGCAUACCUCUUUAAAUAGAGAUGCAUUUCAUAUUGCCAACAUGUAAUCAAAACUCAGUGAUCAACACAAUAUUCCACACACUCUAGGUGUAGAAGCUCUGGAGCACACAGUGCUGUUGCAUUAACAAACAUGGAAUUCUUAUUUAACAGUAGGACCACAGGUAAAUAUGUGUGUAAAUAGGUAUUUUUGCAUCAAUAUUUUGUGAUAUAUGUACCACUUUUUUUUUGUUUUUGUUUAAUGAAUUUAAAUAUUUGUGACCGGUGUGUUAUCUUGGGUUUAAAACAGACUUGAAUGAUCUCAUUAUGUGUGACACCAUCAACCAAAAACACUGUAUUCUGCCCCAUACUAGUUUAGAAUCACGGCAUGGCUGUUUGGCAUUGUUGCAAGUGCCUUAAAAUGAUUGGCAUCCAAAAAAAAACUACAUCUGGUGUAAUGCUGCAUGACAAAGACAAACACCUCGUUGUCCUUUCUCAGCUUGCUGCUUUUUUUUUUUCACAGUUCUUUCUGCUCUUGAUAAGCCUUUCUUACAAUAAAAUACCUUUCAAAAUAUAAAACGAUUCCCUUAAA